GGUGACAGUAAAGAUGGCUGCGCACACGCUCGGUACCCGGCCUCGUACCGGGGAUGUAAUACAGAGCGCUGGAGAGACACAAGACUUUAGCUCAUUGCUUCUGUCAAAGCCCGUGUUAGAUGGUUUGAAGGCUUCUGGAUUUAACAAGCCGUCCCCGAUUCAGACCAAGGCUAUCCCGCUGGGAAGAUGCGGCCUGGAUCUUAUAGUUCAAGCAAAGUCCGGCACAGGGAAGACAUGUGUGUUCUCCACAGUUGCAUUAGAUUCUUUGAUUCUGGAAAAUACAGCAACUCAGAUAUUAGUGCUGGCACCUACACGGGAAAUUGCAGUUCAGAUACAUUCUGUGAUUAUAUCCAUCGGUUGCUGCAUGGAGGGACUCGAAUGCCAUGUUUUCAUUGGUGGGACACCACUACCCCAAGACAAAGUUAGGCUUAAGAAGUGCCACAUAGCAGUGGGAUCUCCUGGGAGAAUAAAGCAGUUGAUAGAAAUUGGCUACCUUAACACAUCCAGCAUUCGCCUUUUUAUCCUUGAUGAAGCUGACAAGCUUCUGGAAGAAGGGAGCUUCCAGGAGCAAAUUAACUGGAUUUACUCAUCCCUUCCUGCAAAUAAACAGAUGCUGGCUCUUUCAGCAACUUAUCCAGAAUCCUUAGCAAGAGCUCUGACAAGAUACAUGAGGGAGCCAACGUUUGUACGGCUGAAUGUAUCCGAUCCCAGCCUGCUUGGCCUGAAACAGUAUUUAAAAGUGGUGAAUUCACACCCACUGCCACACAAAAUCUUUGAGGAGAAGGUACAGCAUUUACAAGAGCUGUUUAGCAGAAUUCCAUUUAAUCAAGCUUUGGUAUUCUCCAAUCUACAUAGCAGGGCUCAGCAUUUGGCAGAUAUUCUUACAUCUAAAGGCUUCCCAGCUGUGUGUAUUUCUGGCAGCAUGAAUCAAAAUCAGCGGUUGGAUGCCAUGGCCAAGCUAAAGCAGUUUCACUGUCGUGUCUUGAUUUCUACAGACCUUACUGCACGUGGGAUUGAUGCAGAAAAAGUGAAUUUGGUUAUUAAUCUAGAUGUGCCUCAGGAUUGGGAGACAUAUAUGCACAGAAUUGGCCGAGCCGGACGUUUUGGUACUUAUGGAUUGUCUGUCACUUAAUGCUGUCGUGGCGAAGAAGAGAAUUUGAUGAAGGCUAUUGCUCACAAGUGCAACCUCCACCUGCAGCCAUUACCUGAUCCGAUUCCAGAUGGUUUGAUGGAGGAGGCAUGUGAAUGGGAUGUUGAGAUCACCACAGUCAAGCCUACACAUCUGACUAUGGAAUCACAAGAAGUUGACGUGCAGAACACAGAUACUCUUAGAAGCUAUCCUUUGCCAGAAAGUUCCUUAAGCAGAAAACCUCUCAAACCUAAAACCAAACAGAAAAAGUUAGCCAAGAAACAAAGUUCAGAGAAAGGAAGCCCACAGGGAUGGAAAAUAGUGGAUGAUGUAUGUUUCUUCAAAGAUCCAAAAGAGAUUAGUAAAUCAAAGAGGACGGUGGAAAAUCUUGCAAGUAACAUUAUUAAUAAAGAAGAGUUGCAAAAAUCUCUCCCUAAAAUUCCCAGCUUGGCUUCCUUUAAACGUCCUGUAGUUUGCACAUCAUCUUUUGCAGAACUUGUGGAAGACUAUGAGCAGUUUAUCAAAGAGGGUCUAGAGAAGCAUGUUGAGAUCAUUCGUGUGUACAGCGGUCCUGGAGAACAAGAUGAGUCAUUCAAGUUUCCUGUACAGGAGGAAAAAAAGAAAGACGAAGAACAUUCAAAUGCAAAGAGCACUCCUGAGCAAUUUGACUAUAUCACAGAUUCAGGCAGUGAGAGUGACAGGAGCUCAUCCAGCUCAUCCUCAAAAAGUGAGAGCAACAAUGAUUCUGAUGAUGAACAGAAGAGGACAUCGUCUGACUUGCUUAGCUUUAAACCAGGAAUAACAGCUGAAAAUACAGUGGAUGAUUUAGUUAAAGAAAAUGAAGACACAAUUCCAACUACCGUUGAGAUUCAGGAGGCAAGCUUGGUGAAAACUCAUGGAUAUAUAGAAGGAAAGCAAACUUUCAGUGCUGCCAAGAAAUCAAGAAAAAGAAAUAAACAUACAACCCAUGUGUCCAGACGAGAACUCUGCUCUGAUAUACAGGAAGAUAUGUACAAGAUGGACUACAUGAACCACAAUGGGUUUCCAUAUGGCACUGCGAGCUAUGCUGACUACUGGAGGUCAUAUUACCAAGCCUGGCAGACUUACCACUCUGCUUUAUCUAGUUCUUACUACAGAAAUCUUUACAAACGUUCCAGCUGGAUGUCUGCUUACCACAUGCAUUCAGUAUAUCUCCAUGAGAUGUUAAAACCAUAAAAGGAUGGAUGCUUUGCUUUCAAAUAAUUAUAAGUAUCUUCAUGCACUUCUAGUCUGUAAAGUUAAUUCCACUAUUGUGCACAUCACACAUAUUAAGUUAGGUGGAUGCUAUCUGAUCUGUUAACUGAAGUGGAGCAGCCAUCCAUGUUUCUGUGUUUAAUAUCCAGAAUGUGGAAUAACAAAUGUUUCUCAUUUGAGAACAAAAAAACAGCUGGAACAGUGUAGUCCUAUUCCACAUUAGUUUACAGUCUAGCAUGUUAAUUUUAGCAAUCCCUGCUGAUGUGUCAAGUGCCUGCUUAAACCUUUACUUAUGUCUACUUCCAAAACCAAAUGCCACAAUAGAUGUUUGCCUUCUGAGCUGUUUCUAAAAUGCUUUACAUUCUAAAGCAAUCCAAACUAAAUGUUUGGAAUUAAAGCAUUUUGUAAUAUUACAUUUAAAUUCCUUUACAAAUCUACUUUUGUACAUAGCUGUUGUAUUGUUUCUAUAACAUAUAAAGAAUAUAUAUAUAUAUAUAUUUAUUCUUUAUAUGUUGGUGGCAAAAGAACAAAUUAUGAUGGCCAUCCAGAAGAUAAAUAUUGUUUUAAAGAGGAUGCUUUACACCUCUCAGAUAGCCAUAAGUCCAGAUAGGUGUUGAAGCUAGUGAGAAUAAUGUAUUUGUAUUAAAGAACGAAAACGUGCACUUUUUUUACACCAUUUUUGUUGUCACCUUUGGCAGAAUGCUGAAAGUACUGAUCUUCUCUCUUUAGCAAAUUAAAAAUUUACACAGUAAACUGCAUUGUUUUACUAAAAUUAAAUUAGUUCCACUAGUUUAUUUUUUACCCUUUUACUAUGGGUAUUUAUAAAUACAUUGUUAAAGCAAAUUCCAAGAAUAAUUUUGUUACAAAAACACUGCCCGUAAAUAAGAAAUCCUGUGUUGUUUUAGUAUAUUUUUCUUGCCAUGCUAAUGAAUGGUAAGUAGACAUUAUUACAUAGAAUUAUAAAAUGUGUCUUCUGUUUUGGGAGCCCUAUUUUUUUUUUUCUAUAUAUAUAUUUUAUUUUUUUGGAUGAAUGUUUAACAUAUCAAAGAGACUACUAUUUGCAAAAUAAAACUUGUCCUGUAUUCUCCAAA